AUGUUGUCCUUUGUAACUCUGAAGCCAGAGGCAGUGUUCCAGGCACAGGAAGGUGAUGUGCCUGGCCAGCCGGGGAUCACAGCCUCCCAGAGUAGUUCCAAUUCUGUCCGACCUCCCCUCCUGCUGCCUCCCAGGGCUCAGCCGCCUGCGACAGUCUUUCAGUUUUCUGCUGGGUUGCAUUCGGCAGCCCCUCUCCCACUGCUGCGAUUACAGCCUCACUAUGAGCUGAGGGUUCCCCCUCCAUCCUCUGUCAAGAUGCCCAGCUCCAUCUCUUUGCUACGGCCCACAAGACGGGAAGCCUGGGCCCCCACACUGGAGCCCACUCACCAUCCUCAGCCUGGCUUUCCAGCCCACCUGAACUCCUCUGCCUACGACCCUGGGGCUGUGCAGAAAGCCAUGGAAGAGGAGAAGAGGAAGGAGGAAUUGUUUCGCAGAGGCCCACCCAAACAUCUGAACUUGGAGCAGUAUCAGCAGCCAGCAGCUUCUCAUCAGAAUGACUCUCCAACACGUCUCCCUCGGUACUGUGCAGAGAAGGCCCAGAGAGGUGUCCACCGUCCAUCCUCUCACACAGACUCCCCGCCAAUAUUUGGGCUUCCUCUCCUCCAUCUCCCCCAGCCGACCCACAGCACACUCUUUCCUCCAGCAAGGCAGUGGCUCGCAUCUGAGGCUGAGUCUGGGCAGAAAUGGGCAUCGUUCAUACCAUCGGUUCCAGGUCCCAGAGGCCAGCAGCAUCUUCGCAGCUUCUGUCACGAGACACCGGUGUCAAUGAUCCAUCCUCCAAGACUCAUACCAGCUCAGGACCUCGUUGCAUUUGAGCAGCGCCGACUUUGUCGAUCUCAACAACUUGCCAGACAACAGCAGCCUGAAACCUUCUUCCUUCUGAAGGGCAACAUUGAGCCAUUUGAGUCCAGGACUAGCUAUGACAGUAAGAAGAGGUUAAAGAGACGGUGUGAGAGAAGAAGAGCAGAGAAGACCAUCAGCAAACCCACUCAGCCAUCGCAGCAGCAAGGCCCCCCUGAUCCCCCAGAGACUCUGAAGAUUGAAAGCAGAGUCUGUGUGCAGGAUCCAAGAGACAGUCAGUCAGCACCUGAUACUUCAGGAAGAUUUCGCCUCUCUCUGGGUUCAUGUGAUACUUGCCUGGGGGACCAGCUUUGUCCGUUAGCAACACCAGCAGAGUUGCAUUGCUUUGCAUCCACCAGGAAGAAUGCUAAAGAAAGACAAGAUGCCAGCACCAAUACGGAGCAGGGUCCUGAGCCUGAGCUGCAGCCACCUCCAGCUGCUAAAUCCUUCAAGGAUGCUGGAAUCCUCACCUGCUCUGAGAUCGGGAAUGAUCAGCCAAUCACUGCUACUGCAGCUGCUAAAUCCUUCAAGGAUGCUGGAAUCCUCACCUGCUCUGAGAUCGGGAAUGAUCAGCCAAUCACUGCUACUGCAGUACAAACCACACCUGUCAGUCCUCCUCCAGUCCAGCUUGUUCCUCCAGAUGUGUUCAUGAACCUUCGGUUCCCUAAUGAAGUGUGUCAGAAACCUCUCCUCAUACCGACUUCUCAUGAGGCACCUGACCAAGCUUUGUCUGGUCACAAGUUCCUCAAUGUUAUUGACAUUGAUGCUGGGGAAUUACUGACGAGCCUUCCAGGCUGUACAAGUGUGACUGAGCUGCUACCUUCAUCAGAUAAAGAGGAGAUAUCUGUACCUGGACUGCACCUCAUGGCUGCCUCCGUCACAAAUGCUGUACAUCCAACUGUUUGCCAGCAACAAGGGAGCCGGGCCCUCAGCCCAGUGCAGCCCCAGAGUGAAGAUUGGAAGCAGCAGCUGCUGGAAGAUGAUCUCACACAAAGACUCUUGCAGCAGGAGAGUAGCCGUGUCUGGACACCUCCACAAACCUCUGCCCACAUGGUGGGCACAAGGCAGACCCGGGCACAACUCAGUGAAAUGGCACAUCAGCUGAGUGCCCUGCAAGAUAUGGCAGAGAACAUGGAACAAGACUUUGCCAAUACUAAGUUGCUUAUAAAUACCAUUGAGCAUCUGCACAGCGCCAUGAAGCCUGAGGAGCAAGUGGAAAGUUCCAGAACCUGCAGCCUUUCUCCUCUGGAUGCAGUCAGUGCCGAUCAGAAGGACAGAGCUCAGGAGCGGUGUGUGAGUGCUACUGCAGGAUUUCGUGUGUGUGCAGACUGGCAUUGUCGCUCUCCUCGACUCGGUGCUGAGGACGGAGCUGAGGAGCAGUGUUAUCCAAAGGCUAAGGCGACUGCGAGAUCACCCAUGAGCCCAGAUUGGCACCGACGCACACCCCCUCUCGCUGUCAGGGACUUGCACCUGUCUCCCGCUCGUAAUCAACUGAGCAGAGAAACUGCAAGCUCACGGGAUGAUCCACUUCACCUCAGUGGACUCAGUGGGGUCAGUGACAUUGUAGCUGACCUGUUUAAUGAGGGAAAAUUGUCCACGAAAGGCCUGGGCCUGUCUGAACAACAAAUUGAGAAACUCUCCAGGUAUUCUAAGCCUGCAAAACGAAGUGUGCAGGAACAGAAGGAGAUUCAAGAAUGGAUGAAACACAAGAGGCAGCAGAGGUUUGCAACAUAUCGACAACACAGAGAAGAUCUGAGGAGUAAGGAGCGAUCACCGUACUGUGCCAAGGAGAGGCAGAAGAAAGUCACAAACAAAGAAAUUAAACAACACCAGAAGCAGACUGCAGUAAACAAGAGGGUAACUCUAGCUGUGAACCAUGAACAGCGAAGACAAGCAGCACUUAACCUGAUGAAUGAGAUGUUGUGUGACACCAUUCAGCUUCCAGCCACUCGUUCACGAGCUCCGAGGGAAAGGCUACUCAAGUCAACUCAAAGCACUCAGUCCCGGCCGCACACCACACAAAGAGGAUACAUCCCCCUCUGA